AUGGAUCUAUUGGAGGUGUUUGAUUGCACCAAGUAUUCUACCUUAGCUUCUCCACUUGACCCUUCUACUAAGCUGAGUGCAGAUGGGGGGUCUUUACUGCCAGAUCCUUCUCACUAUAGGAAACUAGUAGGAAAGCUGAAUUUUCUAACCAAUACAAGGCUUGACAUAUCUUAUAGUGUGCAACAUUUGAGUCAAUACAUGCAGAGUCCAAGGGAGCCACACCUGAAAGCUGCAUACCAUGUACUAAGGUACCUUAAAGGUGAUCCAAGCUUAGGGAUCGUUCUAUCCAAUAGAAAUGAUUAUGGGGUUCGAGCCUUCUAUGACUCAGAUUGGGCAGCCUGCCCUGAGUCGAGGAAAUCGGUCAGUGGAUAUGUUGUGUUGCUGGGUGAUAGCCUUAUUAGCUGGAAAUCUAAGAAGCAACACACUAUUUCAUUAUCCUUGGCAGAAGCAGAAUACAGAUCAGCCAGACAAGUUGUGGGAGAAUUAGUAUGGUUACUUAGGCUGCUUGAAGAUUUGACAGUUCCCUUAACCUUACCUGUCCCAGUUUUCUGUGAUAGCCAAGCAACUCUCCACAUAGCUAAGAAUCUUAUGUUUUAUGAACGUACAAAACACAUAGAAGUAGACUGCCAUUUUGUGAGGAAUCAACUACACGAGGGACUCAUAUCAUUACAUCACAUUUCUACACAUGAGCUGGCAGACAUAUUCACCUAG